AUGGCCGACGAAACAACAACCCCCUCCAAGCCCGCCGGCCGCCACAACCACUCCAAGAGCACGCCCUCCAAGGCGCUUCCAAACGCCUCAGACGCUGUCUCGACGCCGCCGGGCAAGCCCAGCCAAGGCCGCCGCGGCCGGAAUCACAACAACUUCGACAACGCCCAGCGCCUCUCCUGCUCCGACUCGCCCGCCACGCAAAUCCGCACAGGAGACGGAACGCUAUCGGACGGCCCGGCAGCCACUGGCAGCCAGAAGAAAGGCCGCGGACGGCAGCGCAACAACAUUACCAACUCCAACCCCAACAACAACAACAACAACAACCCUAACAACAACGGCGCCAACGGCCGCGCAUCGCCCAUGAAGACGCCCCAGCAGCCCGUCGCGGCCAAUGGCACCCCCGCCAAAGACGGCGCCUAUGCGGGCCCCGCCUUCCACGCUUCUCCGGCCCCGUCGGCCUUGCCCAUGCCCAAGUUCUUUUCCAGGUCGGUUCCCGCAAACAACGCUCCGACCAGCCUACAGUCCCGCCUCGAUCAGGAUUCCGACAGCAGCGGUACCAGCGACAAGAGCGACUCGCCCUCGUUGCUCGAAGCUACGCCGUCACAGCCCGCUCUCACCUCGGCCACACCUGCUCAGGCGAUCGCUCCACGUGAGCAUCAGGAAUCUCCGCUUGACUUUUUCUUUAAAGCCGAUCGGGCGGAGAAGGCGAAGAAGAAUGGUCCCAACACGCCUGACGGCAAGAGUCCGUUGCCCAUCAACGGUAGGAACCACACCAGGCACGAAUCCAAUGGCAAUGGCAAUGGCAAUGGCAAUGGCAAUGCGCGGGGACUUUUCUCAAUGGAAAUGGAAACGGGAUACUCUGCUACCCCGAAGCCUACCUCUCCAAGCCCUGCUGGGUCUCGUGAGCGCAUCGUCGCAAACCGCUCCAUCACCGCUCCUUCCAGCAUUCCUAGAACCAGCCAGAACGCCGAACCUCUUCCUCAGGCCCUUCAGGAUCUCUUCAACUCUUCCAGGAAACCUGCUCAGCAGUCACCGUUUGAUAGUGGCCGCAAAGUGACGCCGAACCGCGCCGCGCCCGACUUCCACACUCCGUCACCAUUUUACCAGCCCUCUUCGGGACCGAAGAAUGGCACGAGUCCUCACACUCCUGCGGCUCAGAUGGACCUCGAGGCCAAUCCCUAUUAUUAUGGCAACCGCAAUCUUUCACCUCUGUUCCAAGCCGCCAAGGGAGAUUCUACAAAGCGCGCUUCAGGCCUUCGCCAAGAAGUUGCUUCCCCGUCCGACCGCCCGGAUCUGCCGGCUACCACGCGCUCAGACCCCGCACCAUUCACGCCAUCCCGCGCCACUAACGGAAGACCCGACGCUUCCACGAUUUCGCGCAAUUACCUGAACUCGCACAUUCAACAGGCUGCGGGCAAUCCCUCCUUGAUGCCGUACCAGCAAGCUGGCGAUGGUAAUCUCGGCUCGCCGUUUGCAUCGACCGGCACCUCCUCUCCUGCUCGCAACGCAUCAACUGCGGAUGCAAAGGCCAUGGAGAAUGAUUUGAAGCGUCUUCUCAAGCUUCAACUUGUCGAUACGUAG